AUGGCUUCUCUCCCCCGCAACUUCAAACUCGGCUUCGCUACUGCAUCCUACCAAAUCGAAGGUGCGGUAGCUGAAGAUGGUCGAGGGCCCUCAAUCUGGGAUACCUUUUGCCAUCUCGAACCAACCCGAACAAAAGGUGCCAACGGUGAUAUUGCAUGCGAUCACUAUCAUCGAUUAGACGAAGACCUUGAUCUCUUGAAACGCUAUGGAUCAGACAUGUAUCGCUUCUCUAUUUCGUGGUCGCGUGUAAUUCCUCUUGGCGGUCGACAUGAUCCCAUAAACGAGGCUGGCAUUGCGUUUUACGACAGAGUCAUCGAUGGUUGUCUUGCCCGUGGUAUCACUCCUUGGGUCACGCUGUACCAUUGGGACUUGCCGCAGACUCUGCAUGAACGCUAUGGUGGUUGGUUGGACGUUGAAGAGUCCCAGCUUGACUUUGAGCGCUAUGCGAGACUGUGUUAUGAGAGAUUCGGCGAUCGUGUUAAACACUGGAUCACACUAAAUGAACCUUGGAUUGUGUCCAUCUUUGGGUACGCAACAGGAGGCAAUGCUCCUGGUCGAAGUAGCACCAAUCCCCAGUCUACAGAAGGUGACACAUCUACUGAACCUUGGAUUGUUGGAAAGGCUCUCAUCAUGAGCCAUGCCCGUGCUGUAGCGGCCUACAACAAAGAUUUCCGCCAGUCACAAAACGGCUCAAUAGGCAUCUCGUUGAAUGGCGACUACUACGAACCAUGGGACAAGAAGGACCCGCAAGAUAGCGAAGCUGCUGAAAUACGCAUGCAGUUUCAUAUCGGAUGGUUCGCUGACCCUAUCUUCUUGGGUCAAGAUUACCCUCGGUGUAUGCGCGACCAACUCAAAGGGCGUUUACCAGCUUUCACACCCGACGACAUGCAACUUCUCCGCUCAGUAGAGACUGAUUUCUAUGGCAUGAACUACUACACCUCUCAAUUUGCACGACACAGAAGCAGCCCAGCCCUGGAUACCGACUUCAUUGGUAACCUUGAUGAGCUACAGACCAACAAGGCCGGUGAGCCUGUCGGUCUAGAGAGCGGACUUCACUGGCUGCGAUCCUGCCCUGAUCUCUUUCGCAAGCAUCUCACGAGGGUAUAUCGCCUUUACGGCAAGCCCAUCAUUAUUACAGAAAAUGGCUGUCCCUGUCCAGGGGAGGAAAAGAUGAGCCGGGAGGAGUCUGUGCAGGAUGAAUAUCGCAUCAAGUAUUUUGAGGACCAUCUAGACGCGAUUGGUAAAUCUGUAACAGAGGACGGUUCGGUUAUCCAGGGCUACUUUGCCUGGUCUUUGAUGGAUAAUCUUGAGUGGUCUGAUGGGUAUGGACCCCGGUUCGGGGUGACAUUUACCGAUUAUAAGACAUUGGAGAGAACCCCUAAGAAGUCGGCGUUGGUUUUAAGACAAAUUAUAGACCGGCAGAAGGGUGAGCAGCUCAAGUUGUAG